UUUGCGCGGUUACUUAGUUUCAACAUGGCGGCCUUCGUCAAGGAUCAAAAGUUAAGAAAUCUUUUAAAAAAUGUCUAUAUAUGCAAACAUCUUACAAAAGCAUUGCGAUAUAACAGUUCUAUUGAAAAUGGAGUUAAAUAUAUCGAUAAACUGGUGGUUGCUAAUCGAGGCGAGAUUGCUUGUCGAGUAAUGAAUACUGCAAGAAAACUUGGUAUAAAAACUGUUGCUGUAUUUAGCGAUGUCGACAGGAAUGCUAAGCAUGUUAAAAUGGCAGAUGAGGCGUAUCACAUCGGUCCAGCGGCCGCUCGAGACAGUUAUUUGAACAUGGAUAAAAUUAUUGACGUUGCUAACCGAAGCAGUGCUCAGGCCAUUCAUCCAGGAUACGGAUUCCUUUCAGAAAAACCAGAAUUUGCAGAGCUUUGCUUGAAACAAAAUGUUAUAUUUGUUGGGCCUCCCUCUUCUGCCAUUAGAGAUAUGGGGAUAAAAAGCACAUCAAAGAGAAUAAUGAGCGAUGCUGGAGUACCAAUAAUUCAGGGUUACCAUGGUGACGACCAAUCAGACGAAAGACUAAAAUCGGAAGCUGAAAAAAUAGGGUAUCCCGUUAUGUUGAAGGCGGUUCGAGGUGGUGGAGGAAAGGGAAUGAGAAUUGUUUGGAAAGCAGAGGAAUUCAAUGAUGCAUUGGAGUCAGCACGAAGAGAGUCGUUGAAAUCAUUCAAUGAUGAUAACAUGCUUGUCGAAAAAUUUGUGGAGUCGCCCAGACAUGUCGAAGUGCAGGUAUUUGGGGAUAACUCGGGAAACACGGUGUAUUUAUUUGAGCGGGACUGUAGUGUACAGAGACGUCAUCAGAAGAUAAUAGAAGAAGCGCCAGCCCCAGGGAUUUCCUCUGAGGUGCGCAGAAAACUGGGGGAGGCUGCUGUAAGAGCUGCAAAGGCUGUUGGGUAUACUGGUGCAGGAACUGUGGAAUUUAUAAUGGACAAAAAUCACGACUUCUAUUUCAUGGAAAUGAACACUCGGUUACAAGUGGAGCAUCCUGUGACGGAGAUGAUCACUGGACUGGAUCUUGUUGAAUGGCAGUUAAGAGUUGCUGCUGGAGAAACUUUACCACUUCAACAAUCUGAUAUUGACUUCAACGGAUAUUCUUUCGAAGCCAGGAUAUACGCUGAAGAUCCCGACAAUGAUUUUCUCCCAGGCGCUGGUCCUUUAGUUCAUCUUCAGACACCUUCACCAUCAGAACACGUCAGAAUUGAGACAGGAGUUGUUCAAGGUGACGACGUUUCUGUCCAUUAUGAUCCAAUGAUCGCAAAACUUGUUGUAUGGUGCAAAGAUCGACCAUCAUCACUGCGUUUACUAAAAGAUUCACUUCGGAAAUAUAACAUUGUUGGCCUUAGCACGAAUUUAAAUUUUCUGAUCAAUCUUUCAAGUCAUGAAGAGUUUCAAAAAGGAAAUGUUAAUACUGAUUUUAUUCAGGAUUAUUACAGCGAGUUAUUUCCAGAAAAGAAGUCGUUAUCCUCAGAUUCAUUAGCACGGGCGUCGAUAUCAUUGGCUUUACUGGAUUUCAAGAAGAGUAUCAAUAAAAAUUCUGCUGAUAUGUUUUCACCUUGGGGUUUAUCAUCUAGCUUCCGUGUUAAUGGUAGUUUAUCAAGAAAACUAAUUCUCAAUGACGGAGAGUCAGAUGUUGAAAUUACUGUACGCUUUGAAAAUGAAGGCCAUUUUAUUAUACAGAUUGGUGAAGAUGUUAUGCAUGGUCACGGAAAUUUAGAAGUCGAUGGUUCUCAUAAAUCAGUCACGGUAACGGUGGAUGGUGUCGUUUCAAAAAUAUCUGUUGUAGAGCAUGAUGGUACUCUACAUCUAUUUUCUUCGGAAGGGCAUUAUAAAGUACACAGAGUCGUCCCCGAGUUUAUAAAAAGUAAAUCUGACGCCAUGAAUAUGGGUGACGCUGUGGCGCCGAUGACAGGAACUAUUGUCAAGGUGAACGUUGAAAAUGGUCAAACAGUGAAAGAAGGGGAAGUCGUUAUGAUCAUGGAAGCAAUGAAAAUGGAACAUGUGAUAUCUGCGCCUAAAGAUGGCAUUAUUGAAAAAGUUUUCUACUCGGAAGGAGAUACAGUUGAAAGAAACUCUGUAUUAAUUUCAUAUCAAAAAGAAACAGAAAAAUGACAGGUCAUAUAAAUGAAAAGAGUCUGACGAAAGAAUUCAAGCUGAAAAUUGAAGAAGCCUCUGAGAAAAUAUAAAUGAUGUCAUGCAGGGUGAUGUGUAAACAUGAAGGAGACGUUCUCUGCAUUUUAUUUCGAGGAGAUUAGGAAACUAUACCAAAAGAUUAAAGAAAUUAAUAGCCAGGAAUUCUUAUUCAGAGAACAUCUACUUGAAAAACCUUGUCAACUAUUAUCUACUCUUAAAAUGUUCAAAAUAUGGUAAAUGUAUUUAAUGAAUGGUCUUUGUAUUAUCUA